GCAAGGUCCCAACCAUGGUCGCGCUCCUCCUCUGCUCUGCCCUCGUGUUUUUGCUCGCUGCUUUAGCACAUGCCGAAAGCGUUAUUGUGCCAGGCGCGGCAUGGACUGACACAUACGGGAAUGUCAUCCAGGCUCAUGGUGGAGGCAUCCUAAAGGUUGGCAACACCUACUAUUGGCAUGGAGAAGACAAAACCACCAAUAGUGCCGAAUUCAGAGCAGUGUCCUGCUACUCGUCCACUGACUUGGUCAACUGGGAAAGGAAUGCGGAUGCGCUCACUCCGCAAAGUGGUACCAUGAUCUCGACGUCGAACAUCGUAGAAAGACCCAAAGUGCUGUACAAUUCCAACAAUAAAGAAUACGUCAUGUGGUUUCACUCCGACAGCUCCAACUACGGCGCAGCCAUGGUGGGCGUAGCCAUUGCGUCUUCGCCUUGCGGACCAUACUCCUACAAAGGGAGCUGGCAGCCGCUGGGUGCGCAAUCCCGGGAUAUGGGUGUGUUCCAAGAUGAUGACGGCACUGCGUAUCUCCUCUACGCCUCCGACAACAACCAGAACUUCAAGAUAUCGAGAAUGGACUCCAACUACUACAACGUGACUACUCAGGUGAAUGUGCUGAAUGGCGCUACCCUCGAAGCACCCGGUAUCGUGAAGAGGAAUGGUGCCUACUACCUGUUCGCCUCUCACACCAGUGGGUGGGCCCCGAAUCCGAAUAAGUGGUUCCGCGCUAGCUCGCUUUCCGGGAACUGGACAAGCCAAGAAGACAUUGCUCCGGAAAACACCCGCACAUACUACUCCCAGAACAACUUCGACCUCCCACUAGGAUCCAAUGCCAUAUACAUGGGCGACCGCUGGAGGCCUUCCCUGCUCGGGAGCAGUCGGUACAUAUGGCUUCCUUUGAGCUGGUCUAGCGGUAGUCCGCAGCUCGUAUGGGUGGACGUCUGGAGCGUGAACUUGGCUGCAGGCACGUACAGUGCUGCUAGUGGUACUACUUACGAGGCAGAGUCUGGGACGCUUGGAGGUAACGCGACGAUCCUCAGCGAUUCCUCCUACUCUGGUGGCAAAGCUGUGGGAUACCUCGGCAACGGUGGAACCGUCACCUUCGAUAACGUCCAGGGCAACGGCAAAGGGCAGUGGGUAUCUUUGUACUACGGCAACGGCGACUCCUCCUACAGGAAUGUGACUGUCAGUGUCAACGGCGGUGCAGCCGCCCUCGUCGAUCAGCCCGACACUGGAGGAGGCCAUGUCAUCUUGAGUGUCCCGGUGAAGCUGAACCUGAAGAGCGGGUCCAACACCAUCACGUUGGGCUCUGGCCAGAGCAACUACGCUGGCGACCUGGACAAGAUCAUCGUCUACAACGUCGGGUAA